GUCCAAAUAAAAAUUGAAGCAAAACAGCUGCCGUUUACGAUUCGCCAUCCAUUAACUACCGCGGGGUCCGGAGGAAGGGGAGUCGGGGGAGUUUCCGAGGCUGUUUUUUCGCCGCGGUGCUCACGAGGAUACAGGAUACUGCGACGGCGUCGCAAAGAACCGGCAACUCCCGUCUUCACCAUGAUGUGACCCAGCGAGACAGCACGGCGACUCCGCGAUGCAACUGUACCCCGUGUUCCUCCUGUCCAUCGCGGCAGCAUGGACCGCCGACGCGCUCCACCUCCAAGGGACCUUCCGCACCAGCCAAUAUUUCAGCUUCCUCGCCAAAUUCGGUUUCCGCAAGACCGACCGCCACGACCACGAGAACACCCUGGGCUACAUCUACGGCAACGUGACGACGGCCACCAAAGACCUGACCCACAGGGGCACCCUAGUCGUGGUGGACCGCUCGGAUUUUUUGUCUUACUACGGGAACCGCACCGAGCCCGACCGGCAGUCGGCGUGUCAGCUCAUGUUUUCGGGCAUCAACCGCGUCGCCUUCGACAGUAGCUGCAAUCCCAACGGCACGCAGGACUUUCUCCGAAACAUUCCCUGCACCCCGGGCAAGCUGUGCGAGGACGAGGACAAGCCGAACCGGGUUGUCAAGGGAAAUCAGUUCACGUACACCGUGCGUGAUCUCCAUCAAGCUCGGUUCUGGUACAUCAGCAUGGUGUCUUGUUACCGAGUGGGCGAGGGCAAGGACUGCAAGUGGAAGGACUCGGUCGAGGAGGACAUAGCCAUCAACUACGACAUCUGGCUCGUCAAUGGGAACCCGGCGGCUUCCUCCCACAACUUCUUCGAGUACCAGUUUUCCUUUGAGCAACAGGGCAGCCUGGAGCGGGUGCUGCUGUUCUUUGUGCUGUACCUGGUGCUGGCCUGCCUGCAAGUGUACGCCGCCCUGCAGCAGAAGCACCUGGUCACCCGGCUGUUCACGGCGGCCCUCACCCUGCAGCUGCUCUCCUUCCUCUGGACCAUCACCCACCUGGCCUUCUUCGCCUGGGACGGGGUGGGCGUGCCCACGCUGGGCAUCGUCGGGGACGUCACCUACAUGCUCUCGCAGUCCCUGUUCAUGCUGCUGCUGCUGCUGCUGGCCAAAGGCUGGGCCAUCACACGCACGGAGCUGACCUGGAAGCCCGUGCUCUUCUGCAUCUGGCUGGUCUACAGCUGCAUCCAGAUCCUCCUCUACGUCUGGAACAUGACGGAGGUGGAUGUGAUAGAGGAGAUUGACGAGUACCAGACGUACCCGGGCUGGAUCUCGCUGUGUUUCCGCCUGGUGGUAACGGCCUGGUUCCUGACAGAACUGCGGUCGACAAUGAUAGACGAGAACGACCACCGCAAGCUGCGCUUCUACCUCCACUUUGGGGCGGGGCUCCUCUGCUGGUUCGUCUACCUGCCCGUCGUUGCACUCAUUGCCCUCCAGGUGUCGGCCCUCUGGCGGCAGAAGUUCAUCCUCGGCAUCAGCUCGUGCGCCGACUUCCUGGCGUAUGCCAUCAUCGCCCAUCUGCUGUGGCCUACCCGGAGCCAGCAGUACUUCCAGCUCCAGUCGGAGCUGGACCCCGGCGACGAACUGGAGGAGCUCAACGAGGCGCCCCACAACGUGCAGCCACCGCCCCCGCGGCUCCGAAAGGUCUAGACCGUUCCGGCCGGGGAAUGCACCUUCCUCCCGUCCCCCUCCUCGCACCGCGGGGCACGCCCUCUCCUCCUGCACCUCCUCCUCCUGUGCGGGGCCCACGCCCCCGGACGCUCGGGCUUUGCCACGUGCCUCGUCGUAAUCUCAGUGAGAUGCCGCCUCAGGCAUAGAACGUACGUAAGUUGCUUGGGCAGGGCUCGAGAUGUUUUCUUCGUAUUUUCAUUCAUGUUUUGCCUUGGCGUCGGAGCCCCUAGUUUGGUUUCCGACCUCUGAGCAGGCGUUGCAGUGUGUGUCGGCGGCCAGCCACUGACUCUCCACAUUUACAUCCUUUCAGCAAACUAACGGGAUUCACGGAAUCAUCCUUUGCUAGGGACAGCCCCCCCCCGCUCCGUGCCAACAGUUCUGCACCAUGCUUCUUUGUUACUGUUUUUUUGUUUUCUUUUGCGGCUACCAGCACCAUUUUGGCGAGGAUUUUAUUCUCUCCCCACAUACGUCGAAUAGCACUGUACUUACGCGACCAAGUCGAUCCGGGAGACAAGAACGGAUUGCCAUUGCAAGACGAGGUGAAGAGAGCCUUCGGCAAAAGGGCCACAAGAUGCGUUGAGAAAUGUCGCGCUGUCAAGCAGUGGCGUAGCUAGGCCAUCUUGCAGCCGGUGCCCUUUUGUCUUUUGUAACUCCCCCCUCCCCCCCCCCCCCCCCCCCUUCACUCUCCGAGAUCACAACCGACCAGUAAAGCGGGGAAGGGGGGGGGGCCGUUAGAGGUGGGACCCCCCCAUGUGACUGGGCCCCCGGCUGCUACGCCACUGCUCUCAAGUAUUAACUACUAGUCGAACGUCUCUGUAUUUACAAAACAAUAUACGCGGAAGAGCUGUGAUGUUUUAGUUUCUCUUUCUGUGUGUGAUCGGAUGCGGAAGUCUGCAUGUUCUCGUGCAACAAGAAUGCCAUUCCAUUAUACUUUGUGUGCUUUUUGCAGCUGAGUAGUUUAGUUGUUGCUCCUAGCUGGCGAGCGCUUUGCUUAGACAAUUGCUCGUGCGCUGGCUAGGCCUUAGUGAGACAAUCAAGGAUUGGAGUUAGUGAUCGGUGUACUUUUUCUUAGACUAACCUUUGCAUCAUCUCUGCCUCCGGUUUGCCUGGGUAUUGCAUAGUAGUAGUGUUCAAGUGUUUCUGCUCCAUAGCUCUACAGCUAUACAGCCUCUGCUCUAUGGCUGGUUUAGGAGUGAAAAACUUGGAUGGUGUAGAGAUGAGUUAGUGAUUUGCUCAUGUCGAUCAGCUUUUUGGGUCCGUCAUGCAAACUUUGGCCGUUGCUGCUUCCAAAGCGAAUCUUCCACCGUGUUGGAUAUGAUGCUCUUUUACUAAGAAAAAUAUUUCUCUAUUUUUAAUGAGUAACCACCGUAUGUUUUUCUCGUAAGCAUUAUAUGCUCAUGUUUUGCUGGUACUUCAGGCCUUGUAAUAUUUAUAAAUUAUUACACUCGUUGGUUUAUGACACUCUUUCUUUCCUGUUUCAAUGUCAUUGUUUAGUAUCAUGUAAAUAAAAUUUAGUGACAAGCCUGA